GUCAGACCCCUUACACACAGGCAGAGAAAAGGAGAGAUUUCAUAUCCCCAGCAGCAGCCUGAGUGAGGCACCUCCUUCUGUGGGAUGGACACAGCUGCAGCAUUGUACAUUACCCUCUGCAAUUGCUGCCCAUGCACCAUUCACUUAGGGCUCUCCAGCCUGCAGAGGUCAGGGGAUUGCACAGCAGAGGACCCCCAGCUCCAGUGCUCAGAAAUGAGGAAAAUGUAAGGCUCCUCCGAUGGGGACUUCGCUGAAGAACCUCAGGAGGAUCAGGCUGGGGAAGCUGAAAAUCGUGCGCAGACGCCUUCUCCAGCACUAUGAGCAUCAGCCGUUCAUCUCCCUACUGGCGGGCCUGUACAGCUGCCGGUGGAAGCGGUACCAGCGCCAGAAGGCGGAGCCUGGACAGUGCUGCUGUGUGAGGACAGAGGGCCUCUUCUUCGUCCUCCUGAUCGGGGCUUUCUGCCUCUCCUUGGUCUUCUUGUACUUCUGGGGUGAAGCAAAGAAUGACUAUAAUGACUUUGACUGGUAUACGUAUAGGAGUCUGGGAUACUGGUUCCUGUGGUCGGUAUUAAUCUUAGUGGUGGUAGCUGUUUUAUUUACAUACAUUGGAAUAUUAGUGGUUUUGGCGGUAUGUCUGCUCUCGGAAGGCCAGCAGCUGUACCUGCACUGGAGCCACAAGGUCGGGACGCUGGUUGUCCUCUUACUCUUUAUUAUUGCACUUGCGGUCCUGUCUAAUUUGUGGGGUGAAGAAUGGGCGACCGUGCGUCUCUCAUUCCAGGUGACCGCUCCUUAUCUGCACAUUGGUUCUCUUGCGGCAAUGACUCUGUUAUCCUGGCCGGUUAUUCUGUACUUCGUCAGGAUGAGCACCAAAGUCACUCAGGUGGUGAUCAUAGGCCCGUAUCUCGCCCUGCUGCUCGUCCUGUAUUUUAUCCCGUUGGGAAUGUACUCGCCCUGCAUCAGGGAGGAGGGGACACUGGGAGUAAAACCCCUGCUGAUAGGACACAGAGGACUGCCCACACUGGCACCAGAAAAUACCAAGAUGUCAUUUGAGAAAACUAUUGAAUAUGGCGGUGACGGCCUAGAAACUGAUGUGACUAUGAGCUUUGACGGCGUUCCCUUUCUUAUGCAUGACAGCACUUUAAAGAGAACUACGAACGUCCAGGAAAUCUUUCCCAACCUGACCAACGCCAAUGCCGCCAUGUUAACCUGGGACAUACUGGAGUCUCUUAAUGCCGGGAAGUGGUUCACACAGAAACCACCGUUUUCCUCCAUGGAUUCCCUAUCAGAUCAAGAUAAGCAAUUAGCGAGGAAUCAGUCUGUUUACAAACUGAGUGACUUGUUAAGGCUUGCUAACCGUGCCAAUAAAACGGUGAUCUUUGACCUUUACCGCCCUCCUAAGGAUCACCCUUACAGAGACUCCUGGAUUAACCGGACCCUAGAGGUCAUCCUCAAUGAAACCACGAUUGAUCCAAAACUGGUCUUGUGGCUGGCAAACGAUAUGAGGUUCUUUGUCCAGUCUGUGGCGCCGGGAUUCCAGCAGACUCUGGGCUUCAAAGCGACCGUUGAAGAACUUGUCAGCAAUCACAUUGUGAAACUGAACCUGCCGUACAGCCAGAUGUCCCAGCAAGACAUUAGGAUGUAUGCCGCUGCCAAUAUUACCACCAAUCUGUAUGUGGUCAGUGAGCCGUGGCUCUUUUCCCUGGCCUGGUGCUCGGGGGCCUAUUCCGUCACCACCAACUCUGUAAACACACUGAAGAAGAUGGACAGGCCCAUGUUCCUCUUGACUCCAGCUCAGUACAGUUUAAUGUGGAUCCUCACCGAUAUCGUCUCUGCUGUGCUGAUUGCAAACAUCUUUCUCCUGCACUGGUGGAGAGAGAGAGGCUUCUCCUGCUGCCCAGAAAGUAACGAGAUUCCUGAUAGCGGAUUUUACGACACAUUUAAAACUGAGCUGGAUAUGUCUGUCUCUGAAGACAGUUAUGUCAGGAGUAUCCCAACCACCCCAAAUGCAAGAUCUAACACUGACAACAUGGGUUCUGCAGAGAUUGCCUGAGAUAGAGUCAGCCCGGAUACUGCACUCACUGCUCCACUAGUGAUCACCCUGUGAUAACCUUCACUCUAGAUUCAUGUGGGACUGCGACUCUCAUUGCUGUGAUAGGAGCCUGGAACUUGAACUACAGACGUUCUGUUAUUUAAUGCGCUUUGCUCGCACAUCGUGGUAGCCGGACCAAUGUUCAUGAGAACGUGGCCCAUCUGUUUACUAAGAAACUCACCAUUUUCAUAGUGAUUGGUCUAGCCUACAAAAUGGCUGCCGUGUUUGCACAAUGGAUUCACUUCAACGUUUUGCUGGGCUAUCCUGUUGUUUUGCUGCUAGUAUCUAUCCUAGUCCAUUGGCCACAUUCAAGAGUGUCAUUGGUAUUUUCUUAAGGGAUCCAGUGACGCGAAGACUCCAUCAAUCUGUUUACCUUAUCCUGAAUAUUUAAUUUACUUUCCCUUCUCCCUCAUACUACAGUUCUAGACCUGCAACUCUGAGGUGUUGACGUCGUUCUACAAUGUUAAUUCUUUCUGCUCCUCCUUGUUCAGUAGCCGACAUAUUAGGUACUGGCAAUUCAAAAUGUCUCACACUAGGAAGCAAUGGUGAUGAAUAUUGGUGCUGGAGCAGGAGAAAGUUGACACCUCAUAAGCAACAAGGAUAAGAAGACCUACACCUUGGAAUGAUGAAGCAGUCAAGUAAUAUGACCAUGGGGGAGAUGUACUAAAGCUGAAAAUGUGGACAAAAAUCUGAAAAUCCCAUUUUCUGAGUCUUGUCCGCAUUUCCAUAUGUACCAAGCUCCGGAAUGCAUCGUUGGGAGCCGGUGGGUAAUGCCAUGUUUAUGUGCCAUUACCCCUUUUACAAUACCGCCCAGGAGGGAUGCAAUCCGAUACUUCCCAGCACCCACGUGGUGCAUGCGUCACUCUGAAGAAGGGCUCCAGGAUCCUAAACCCGGAAGUCCUUCUAUCGCAAAGGACAGCUCUAUUGGGAGAGCUGUCCUUCACGAUUUUAAUGCCGGAAUGUACCCGAUAAGUGGUGGGAUGUAUCGCAUUGUGGAUGCAAUGCUAAGUACAUCCCGCCCCAUGUGAGAUGCCUUUAAUCAUGUACACCAAUGACUACAGUGUGUACUAAAGGAGAUAUUUAUCAAACCUUCUAAAGAGAACAAGGGGAGCUGUUGCCCAUAGCAACCAAUCAGACACUAGUUAUUUAUGCCGCACAGUCCAUAAAGUUAUAGUUAGAAUAUGAUUGGUUGCUAUGGGCAACUCCUCCCCUUGUUCUCUUUAUCAGGUUUGAUAAAUCUUCCUGUAUGUGAGGUGGUGAGACUUCAUGUUUCUGUAGUGCUACAUAGUACUAGGGCACUCACACUUUUAGUCAUAUUGCAGUAGAUUAAUCAAGAUAUCAAUCUUGUGGCUGAUGUGGAGUUGAUCAGAGUUGUCUGUUUGCGUAAUUCACAGAGUGUAUGCUCAGAAAAUAGAGGCCAGUGUGCAAAUGAUAAGAGGCAUAUAUUUUAUACUUACUGUAGAACAGAUGCAAGAAUUCAAGGUGUGUACAGCUGUGUGUAUGUGCAAAUAUAUGCUAUCUUUCCAGGUGCCUCCCAUUACUUACACCUCUGCAGCGGCCACUUUGUAUUUUACUUCUAUCUGUUUUCAGAUCACUCAAGAUUUUAGCUCAUUGUUUCUCCAAAGCAGUGUCUAUACUGCUUCACAUUGGAUCAAAAAAAACCUGUCCUAUACCAAUAAGCUCCAGUAAGAUGAAACAGUCUGUAGGUUGUAUUCUGGCUCCACACUUGUCCCUUGCCAUGCUGUGAAUACCUUGGACUUUAAGGGUGACAAUAGAUGAAGCUCGUUUGAAUAUUGCCACUAGCAAGUACCUUUAAUAAGCUUCUAAAAAUUAAAAGUAGAGCUGUUGCCCAUAGUAACCAAUCAGUUUCUGUUUAUCAUUUCUAUAUUGCAUCCUAGAAAAAUAUGGACAAAAUGUGAUUGGUUGUUAUGGGCAACACCACUACUUUUUACCACUAGUGGGCAAUGAGGAUGGUAGUCUCCAGCACUUCAGACUGAUUUUGGGAGCAUAUUAUAGCAAAAAAAAAUUUUCAGAACCAAGGUAGAGAAUUUUACCUGCUGUAUUCUAGAGGGUUUAAAAAAAAAAGUAUUUUCUAAUCAGAUAGCACAAUAUGUAUUAUCAACAAGAAGUACGGGGAUGUUGCUAAAAUGUCGACAUUCCAAAUGUGGAUACUGUAAUGUCUGCAAGUUGAAAAUAUCGACACAUUUAUAAUGUCGACAAUUACCAUGCCCUUUUAUUUUGUAUAAUUUAUGUCCAGUUUGCAUCCAACUUGGGGCCACAUGUAAUAGAGUGAGUUUCAGAAAGUGAGAGAUUUGGUAAGGUUUUACAGUUUUUUUUAAAGUGGCAAUCAUUUACACUGCAAAACCAGGUUGAGCUUGCAAAACCUUACUAAAUCUCUCACUUUUUGAAACUCUCACUCUAUUACAUUUGGCCCCAGGUGUUAGCUUCCCCCAAAGCAAAGCGCAACGCCAAACGCAUCACCCUUUGGCUUUAAACACCAGAAAGUGAGCUUGUGUUUGAAAUUGCCCUUGACAGACAAUUAAAUGCAUUUUCACAAAGAAAAAGAAACAAUGUGAGGCCACGCGUUUCAGUGAACGAGCCUUCCUAACUUUCAUUUUCUCAUUAAAGAAAAAAAUAUUAGCACAUGAAGAACAAAAAAAAGCUGCUGCUACUAAGGACACCAGGUCCACAUUGGAGUCACAUUUGGUAUUGGAGAAAAAGAAUAUCAUUGUUUAUUUUAUAUCGUUAGUUAUAUAUAUUUCUCUAACGUCCUAGUGGAUGCUGGGAACUCCGUAAGGACCAUGGGGAAUAG